AGGCUAUAAGAACCUCACUUCUCUCUCUCUCUCUCUCUCAAUAUGGCUCAACCAAGCUAUUAUUUACCCAUAGCUAAUCCUGUUUGGGUCAUAGGUCCUCAGUAUUGCCUUCCUUAUCCUGUUGAUCUUGCCAUUGUUAGAAAGGUCUUGACCAUAACAGAUGGUAAUUUUACCAUUACAGAUAUGAACGAUAACAUUUUGUUUAAAGUUAAAGGCCGCAUAUUAGCCCUUCAUGAUCGAUGCACCUUACUGGAUCCUGCUGGAAAUCCUAUUGUUACUUUACAGCAGAAGAUGAUGACUAUGCAUAACAGAUGGCAAGUGUUUAGGGGGGAGAGCAAAAACCCUGCGGAUCUGAUCUUUAGCGUUAAAAGAUCUUCGGUCUUCCAACUCAAGCCCAAAUUAAGCGUGUACUUAGCAAACAACACAGCCGAGGAGUUUUGUGAUUUCAAGGUUGAGGGAAGCUGGUUCAAUAGGUCCUGUGUCAUUUACGCUGGCGAAUCAUCCACCAUUGUCGCUCAAAUGCACAAGAAAUACACUGCUGGAAGCAUCUUGCUUGGGAAGGAUAGGUUCAUGGUGACUGUGUAUCCUCAUAUUGAUUAUGCUUUCAUCGCUGCGCUUAUUGUUAUUCUUGAUGAUAUUGACAAACAGGCUAAUGAUGCCUAAUUGAUUUUUGUCGCAAGAAAUCGCCUCAUGUUAUGUUGUUAUGUAACUUUUAUGGCUUUGUAAUUUUUGUGCUCACAAAUAAAUAUUUUCUUGUACUUUGUUCUUCCUUCUUGUUGCUAUACUAAAUGAUUUAUAAGGGAUA